CUCUAUUCUCAAGCUAUUUAACCCCCCACAUCCCGUCCGCACUCUGUGAUGAACCGGGGAAGAACCCGCCGCGCCCGACUGAAACGGUCGAAAACGGGCUGUCGCACGUGCCGGGCCCGCCACGUGAAGUGCGACGAAACCCCAGGCAAGUGCCAAAAUUGCACCUCGACUGGACGGCAAUGCGACGGCUAUGAUGCCCAUCGGCUGCUUCUCCCCACGACACGAACGCGCCAUUCCGAGCGACUGCCACUGUCGCCUCCGGUCGCAGUCACCGUCCCGUGGGCCAGUACCUCCGAUGAGCGCCGCUGCUUUGGCUUUGUGCAAGCCCGCACGAUUCCCGACGUGCUCAGCUACUUCGACUCUCUGAUAUGGGAGCAAUUUGUGCUGCAGACGGUGCGCCGGGAACCCGCGGUCUGGCAUGCUGUCGUUGCCUUAGGCGCGGUGCACCAGCACAUCGAGCCUGGGUUGAUGGGCGGGUCCACCGUCUGGGAAUUGAUGGCGGUCGCACAGUCCACGAGGUCCUUCGCCUGCCUGCGUCGACGGAAUCCACGGGACCCACAGAUGCGGGAGGUGACAUUACUCUGCUGUCUGUUGUUCACUAUCAUGGACGUGGUACGGCAGGAGUUCGGGACUGCCGUGCAGCAUAUCCGUGCUGGCCUGCGAAUUCUGGAUGAAGAUACGCUCUCAACCAGCAGUGCCGGUCAGCCGCUUCAUCUCUUUUGGCUGCAUGCCUUCCGACAUCUGGAUACCCAGAUUGGCAGUGAUCGCUUGUUUAUGGGUGAGGGCAGUGACGCUAGCAGCAGCCCAGAAGACGCGUCUCGAGGAUCGAAGGUGGCGGUCCAACCGGCAGUAGACCCUACAUGGCCGUCAUGGUCCUCGCAUUCUAAAGGCCCACACACCGUUUCUUCCGCCCGCCACAUGCUGGAGCCCCUCUACAACCGCUUUUUCAAGUUCAUCCGGCAGUGCUGGCGGAUGUCCCCAGCGGAACUCCAGUCUGCUGCCGCCGCGCCCGUCUUGGCGGAGCAAGCCAGUCUCACGGCGCAAUACCACCGCGCCCGGCAUUUUUGGCGCGCCUUCCGCAUGGAGCAAGACAACAGUAGGCUCAGCCCGAAGGAUCAGCGUGGGGCCGAGGUGCUCGAGAUCUGGCUGACGGCCGUCGGUCUCGGCUUGCAGACGGGGCCCCUCCACGGAGACCUGGCGGCGCUGCAGCGGUUCACACCGCAGUAUCGCGAUCUGCUCCAUCGGAACCAACGCUUCCUUGCCCGCUUUCCACAGCGACCUACGUUGCUGGUCGAUAUGGGCGUGCUGCCGACGAUCUUAUUGGUGGGCGACGGCUGUCAGGACCUCUCCGUCCGGUGGGAGGCCCUUCAGGCGCAUUACGCCUGGCCCCACCAGGAAGGCCCGUUCAGCGCGCCGCUGAUGGCCGCCCGGCUGGAACAUUUGAUUCGCGCCCAACUGAGGGUUCGAGUUCGGGCCGACCUAGUGGCGUCGCUGGGACUGGCCUCGCAUCAGCCGGUGAAAAGCUGCUUGGAAGCGGUGGAAGAGCUGGUUGAAACAGAAGCCGAUCGGAUAUUAGAGCACAUGCGGUCGGUCAGCUCCAAUGACAAUGAAGAAGACCGGGAGAGAUCAGCGCAAAUGUUAUCCGCACUAGAUCAGAUGCAUGACCACUGGGGGUCGGUAGCGAGAAUGAAAAGGAUUGAGGGGUCUAGCACCCUGUGACUGCAGUUUACUGGUGUACUAUCUUUCGCGCCUGAUUUGCCGAUUUGCUGAUUUGCUGAUUUUACUCGCGGACUUUGUUGCCGGGGCCCACUUCCUGAGAUCUGGAGAUUCGGUGACAAACAUGGAUCCCAACGGCGGGCCGUGCCUCGGUGUUCCUUCGACCUUCCAGAUCCCACACUGAGUUGGCUCAGUGU